AUGUGCUGCACCAAGCCGCCUCAUGUCUCACUUGCUACGAUAUUCGAGAUAUCUCGAUACAUGUAUAUUCGUAAUGAACUACUCAUAAGAUGGCCCGACCUCUCCAAGUCAAAACGGCUGAUGUGGAAAGACGAACAGUUUUGUGCUGUUAUAUGUAAAUUGAAUAACAGUCGCGGAGUCUGUUACCCUAAGAAGAUGACUGCCGAGCUAUGUACGCAGACCUCACCAUGCGAUGUCGCCAUAAUACAAACGGCGACGACUAUCGAUCCAACAGGAAGUAGCCUUACGUCGAACAAAUCACUAAGUGAGUUUGAACACGUCACGUCAGAGGUCCCUCCUAUCGUGAACAAGACAACCGAACAGGAUUUAGCCACUGUCAGUUACCCGCUGACCCCUGUACCUCACUUUGAAUCCACGAGCAACGGUCAAACAAACGGGGACAUUCAGCCCAGCAACAAUUCGAGUGCGACACCAUCUGUUCCGGCGGGGCUCGCCGAUCCCAUACCUGCUUCCCCAUCCAGUGGAUCGCUAGAUCAAAUGGAGACUAGUACCGCGGUUGCAGACCUGCUCAAAGGAGGCAAAAACAUCUCACAAAACUCGGAAAUUAAUCAACUUACACCAUCCACAUUCGGUCUAAGUGGUCCCGGGGGACAGACAGAGCGAACUCGUUCUUCGCAGUCCAACAGUACCCAGAACAAUGAGGAGCGAAAACUGUUUGUGGGCAUGCUAAGCAAGCAGCAAGGGGAAGAGGACGUCCGGAGGUUAUUCGAACCAUUUGGAACGAUUGAGGAAUGUACCAUACUCAGAGACCAAAGUGGAAACAGUAAAGGUUGUGCAUUUGUAAAGUUCUCGUCACAACAAGAGGCUCAGUCGGCGAUUCUUGCUCUGCACGGGAGUCAAACGAUGCCGGGUGCAUCAUCCAGUAUCGUGGUUAAAUUCGCCGAUAGCGAGAAAGAACGACAUACAAGAAAAAUCCAACAACUCAUUGGACCCAUGGGUCUGUUCAACCCGACUUUGGCACUCUCGCAGCUCAAUGGGAACAUGUACUCCCAAAUGCUUGAAAACAUGGUACAGACCACCGGUUACAUUAACCCAGUGGCAGCCCUGGCUCUUCAGCUUCAGCAGGCCAGUCAACUUGCAGCGGCUAACAUUCCCAGCAACGUUGCCGGUCUAGCAAUGAUGACAUCGUUGGGCAAUAACAGUGCAGGGACUGGUCACCUUUCCUCACUUUUACACGCCUCACGACCAAACCACAUGAGUCCCUCAACAACCAAUACAGCCUUGAAUGCUGGCUGUCAUCCCAUGGCUGCAGCGUUGAGCGCACAUCAUCUGAACCCUCUCGCCCCACAGCUCGCUGCGCUCUCCACCGUGACCACAAGCAACGCUCCCGAUUCUGCAGCCAAUCCAGCCUCGGUGAGCGGUGUCGACGCGGCCACAAUGGCAGCUGCAGCGGCUGCGGUUGCCAUGGCUACCGCUGGGGGCAACGGCGCAGGCGUUGGAGCUCCUGGACCAACAAGCACGUGUGGAUCAACUAUAAGUGUCUCCUGUGCCUCAAACGGGAUCAGUGCACAAGCCUUGGGCUUGGGAGCCACAGCGAACGCAGCCCCUGGUCUCGCGCUCCACUCUGUCCCAGGAACGCAUCCUCCGAAUCCCACCCUCAGCGGUUUGAUCGCUGCGUCCCUACCGCUCGGGCAGACAGCAUUCUCCAAUGCAACGUUCAGUUUGAACUCCCUAGCAUCCCCGAUCUCUUGCCUCCCCACGGAUGCUAUCUCCCAGUUGUAUUCCGGCGUACCCUCCUAUGGCUUAGCUUAUCCCGCAACCGCCGUUGCCGCUGCAGCUCAGGCAGCAGCUCUGAACCCGUUCACCAACCUGGCUCAACAAGCCCUGAAUAUGCCCGUUCAACAAAAGGAGGGAACUAAAGAUUUGAUUCUCACAGGCCCCGAGGGAUGCAACCUGUUCAUUUAUCACUUGCCACAGGAGUUUGGAGACCCCGAAUUGGCUCAGAUGUUUAUGCCGUUUGGCACGGUCAUUAGUGCCAAGGUAUACGUUGAUCGAGCGACCAAUCAGAGUAAAUGUUUUGGAUUCGUCAGUUUUGACAACCCAACCAGUGCACAUGCAGCAAUCCAGGCAAUGAAUGGCUUUCAGAUCGGUAUGAAGCGGCUCAAAGUUCAGUUGAAACGUCCAAAAAGUGAUGCGACCAAGCCAUACUGAGGCUGUUAUUGCAGCACUCUUUCGUGUGCAACUACCCACUGAACAGAUACGUCACAUUCUCUGUUUUCUACACUACUCCCCACUCUUCCGUCCAUUUUAUGGUAACAGUGUGGCAGUUCAUUUGCCAUUAUACAUUCCAACAAUACCUCCCUUUUGACAUACAACAAAACCACUCAAAACUACAUGUACAUAUCGAAACGGUCAAACAAAUCCACAAAAACAUCGAAUCUGCGCUACCCACGGGAGCCGGAACAGAGGCAGUGGUGGUCUGCGUUGCCAUCGCCGUUGUUUUUUAAUAAUGUUAACUACUUUUACUUGUGUCAGUAGCAUGUUGUCACCGUAGUUUUUGCACCCACCCGACGAACGUUCAGUUACCGUUGUUCGUGUGCCAUUCGGACUUAACUAUGUCCUAUCUGUUUAUGUGAUUCUCUUGCUUCGUGUCGUCGAUCAAAUUUGUUAAUUUAUCCGUGUUCCCCUAUGUUAUCUUCCAUACUAUUCGUUUUCCUUGUUGUGUUCGCAGGAAUUAGUCUAACACUGCUCGUUUAUGCGUGCGUGCCAUUUCCGAUAUUAACCCCUAUCUUUGUGAUAACUUUUGUGUCAUUGAGAGGCAAACUCUAUCAUACAGUGUAUCACCACUGCCAUCUUGAAGUUUCGUUGUCACAAAUGGCACUUUGUAACUUGACAGUGGCUUCCUCGAAAUCAGGAGGUGUCAACACUGCCAAUGUCAUCUUGCCACCGUGUGUUCGGAGCCUCGCCCCGUAUUCCGCGCAAAUUGUCCAUACAUCAAAGAACAAUAGUACAUUCCAGUUAACUGACCUACAAUACCUACGUUCAAUUAUGUUCUAUUUUGACCUUUCUCUCAUUUCAGUUAUCAAAAACACCAAGUAUCCUGUUUUACAAUGACUUGUCUUCAGACAACUUAUCGACAGUGCAAUGACCUGAGACUUGUUAACUUUGGUCACACAUGUGCACUGUGUCUGUGAAAG